UGGGGUUAUUCUUCCUCAGGCCACUGCUGCUCGAGCGACGUACGAAGCGAGCCAGUUUUUUCUGUCCACUGCACCGCACGCCACACACUCGUUAAGCCAGUGCCAACACGAGAAGUCGCCACUAAUAAAUUACUGUUUUUUACUUCACUCGCAACAGUCACCGCCGCGCACUCGAGUAAUUUAUACGUAAAAAUAAACAUUAAUCAGUAAUAAUCGCAGUUGUUAGCGACCGAACACAGCGUUCAAGCCCCGCCCGUCGCACGCUUCACAUCAUAGACCAGACAAAAUGUUCGCUGUGAUGCAGAUCGACGAAGACCACACCAGGGAUUUCAGGCGUAAGCUGCGCCCAAAAUGCGAGUUCGUCUGCAAAUACUGUCAGCGCCGGUUCACGAAGUCCUACAACCUGAUGAUCCACGAACGCACCCACAAGAGCCCGGAACUGUCGUUCAGUUGCGAGGUGUGUGGGAAAAGCUUCAAGAGGCAGGAUAACUUGCGCCAACACAGAUGUAGUCAAUGCUUGUGGCGGUGAAGGUGAUGGAGUAAGCACGAUCCUACUACAGCGGUCUCUCUUACAUGCUAGAAGAAAUACAUUACAAUCCAACAAAGGAGACCAUGUAUUUAAGAUGGUAAUAUUCACCAUAUCCGAGAUCAUUGUGACGUCAGUCAUCAGUUCUAAUUUAAAAUAGGAUGGUACACACAUAACAGUAUUCGUGCUUCAUCAUUAACACCGCCAGAAUGGGAUAUUGCAAUGUUUGAUUUUAUUGUUAGAAUGUUGAACUCAUAAGGUUGCAAAGAUAAAUUCUAAAAUCAAAAUUGAAAUUAAGUUUUGUCUAUGUGAUAUUGGAUUUCUUUUGGAAAAAAUAAGUCUCCUUGAAUGUUGUAAUGAUGGUCAUGGAAAAUGUUGGUAUGUGGAAUAAAUAAACAAAUAAAAACAUAAUAAGUGAUUGCAUAGAAUUUGUCAUUAUUUUUUAUUAUUUUUAAUUAAUACUAAGUACAUCGAUGGAUAUUAUUACAGUUUUAAUACUAUUUGUUUAUUUAUUCCAUUAAAAUAUUGGUUAUAAAAGCUGAACAUUCUGGUGAUUUGUAAAUAGUAUUUAUUAGGAUAGUGAUGGUAGCAUUUAAACGGCUUAACUGCUUAGCUAUAUUUUAAUGUAAAAUAAUAUUUAUAUUAUAUUUAAAAAUAUUGUUAUUACCUUAUGAUACGUAGAACGUAUACAGUUCUAAGAAAAUGAUAUACAUUUUUUUGAGACGCGAACGUUUAUAAGACCCUAACAAAUAAGUUUCCAAUAAUUUUUAUUUAUUAAUACCUGCCUAAUAAGUUAUAUAAUACAUUCAUUAUAUUGCUUAAUUUAAUGUAUAUUUUGAGGGUUGUUCCUAAUUUGUAGUGCUAUGGGUAGGGAAAAGGUUGAUAUAGUAUUUGGAAGAUGAAUGCGUGACUCAUUUCAACAAUUAUUAUGUUAAUAUUAAAAAUUAAUAGCAAAUAAAAUAAUAAUAAUA